AUGAAGGCUGCUCUGAGUGGUGACGACCCGUCUCGGUCAGAGCCUGCUGGGGGGUUCGAUAGCACUCCGUACCCCUAUGCACCACCCGGCUAUACACUGAAGUUCACCUUCCAUCGUGGAGUCAACCUUCCUUGCGCAGACUUUGGUACAUUUUCUUCCGACCCUUAUGUUCUCGCCCAAUUGAUUGUCGACCUACCCCAACGCCACAAGCAGGACCCCGUUAUGUCCUUCCGAACACCAACUGUGCGCAAAAAUCGAGAUCCGGAAUGGAACAGUGAAUGGAUCGUUGCCAAUGUCCCGGCCUCGGGUUUCCAUCUGAAAUGUCAUGUGUACGAUGAAGACGCUGCGGACCAUGACGACAAACUCGGUAACGCUUAUGUCGACGUGGAUUCGGUCAAUGGACAGUGGCCCGGCAUAAAGGAGCAGAGCAUUCGCCUGAAGAAGCGCAUGGGCAGCAAGCGGGUCUACUUGUUCGGUAACAUCGCUGCGCUGGCGUCGCGACGUCUAGAUGUGCAGUCGCAUAUAGUAAUCAGCGUUCAGUGCUUAGGGAAGACACCAGGAGAUGAAGGGGCUCAUAUGUAUACCAUUGGACCAAACUACUGGUUCAAGCAUUUUUCUCCGCUCAUUGGGAGGAUAGCCGGCACUAAAGAUAAGGUCCAAAGUCAGCGUGAUGAGAAGAAGACCAUUACUCGCUAUAAUUUUCAGGCAAUCCAAAUACAGCUCCAGGGCCCUGUGCCUACCGCGCUCUAUCAUCGUUAUGUCGAAUUCAAGCCGUUUGUAGCCGGGAUGUUCACGUCACACAGUCUUCGUGGAAGGAUACUCAAUCGAGCGCUGCAUCAUCAACACGAACGUAUCUACAACUUUGACAAGACCACCCUCAGUGGACAGUUUUCUUCCCCUUGUACCGAGCUCACGCAGAAGUUUCUUGAAUUUGUGCACUACGCUCAGGGCGGGAGGAUCUUUACAUAUGUCAUCACCCUAGACGGGCAAUUGCGCUUCACGGAAACAGGGAAGGAAUUCGGAAUUGAUUUGCUGAGUAAACACACGAUGCAUAGUGAUGUAUCGAUUUAUAUUGCAUACUCUGGUGAGUUCUUCUUGCGUCGCCUGAAGCAUCGCCAUCCCCGACACCCGGAAACAAUUCAGCAUUCGGAAACACACUACUCCGGUGAUGAGUCGCUGGUAGAACCAGAGAUAUCAACUGAUCCGGCCGACUAUGAACUUUUCAUCGACAAUGAUAGCGGAACUUAUCGUCCCAAUGGCGAAUACCUACCCCUGUUGAAACAGCUCAUCUCCACCAAUCUACCAGGUCUUCACGUGACUACACUUGAUUGCAAGAACGAUGCAGAGCGGAUGGAGGUUCUGAAGAAUGAGCAGAGGGAGUUCAAGAAGAACGAGGGCAAUCAUAUGAUCUUCCUCCAGCGCAGCAAUAGCUCUUCGCUUUCUAUAUCCAGUUCAGAUGAAGACGAGUUGAAUGAGCGCAGUGAGUCGCAGCCUCAUAAUAGGGACGGCUUUGCGCAAAAGGUACACGAUAUGCGAGACAUGAAGGGUCAAAUGAUGAAAUGGGCCCAGGCAGACAACCACGGCAAUCCAGAUGAGACUGAGAGUCGAUCUGGGCGUCAGAGGACUGCGGCAGCGCACAGCUCAGGAGCAUCAAACCCCGCCGUGGAGAAUGGCUUGGGUGAAAGCACAGCCACUUUCGCUGACGGCCGAAUUUAG